AUGAGUGUAGGUAUCUAUGUGUGCGUGAUCUCAAACUCACCGGAGUUGGUAGAAGACUUGAAGGACUUUCUGGAUCUUAUACCAACUGCGGAUAUAGAUGAACUUGUCGCAGAACAUUAUAUAUUUGACUCUGGUUUUCGCCAUGCAGCCGAAUUUCUGCGCAGUUCGGACUUUAAGGAGCUGGCACAAAGUGCAGUACAGUUGACCGAAGUCAUUGAGAUUAUAAAUUUUCUGCAUCUCAACGAUAAAAGUAUCAGGAAAUGGCUUCAUUUCCAUAAUCGCCACAACCGGCAGCUUAUUAUUGAAGACGCUGCAGUGGAAGAGUAUGGCUACUUUUUAUCAAAUGGUUUAAAUAAUCUGAAGUUCAGCCGGCAGUGA